UUCAGAUGUGGCGAAGUGAAGUCAAUGUUCCAGGAAGUUCCUCCAAAACAAGUUGUCUAUGGAAGAUGUAACCACAGUGGUGCUGUGUAAACACAAACUUUUACCCUUAAAAACUCUGACUCUGGAAAAACUGGAGAAAAUGCAGCAAGCAGCCCAGGAUACAAUUUACCAACAAGAAAUGGCAGAAAAGGAACAACAUCAAGUAACUCACUGAAUGAUAAUUUAGCCCUUCCACAGAAUACCCUACCUUAUUUACUAUUAACAAUAGCUAGAAAAUAAUUUGCAUCUGUAUGCUGAA